GUUCCGAUAGAGUUACCCUCCCGUCCCGGGCCGUCCCGCGUUCGGGGCGAGCGCGGGUUCGAGGGCGGGGUGGCGGACAUGUUCUGGAAGGGCAGCGUCUCAGCCCGGGACUCUUUUGUGUUUCUUUCAGAGGAGGUGCUGUCGAGCCAUGCUGCUGCUCCUGAGGCCUCCAGCGCUGAGAACAUGCAGUGCCUAACGGUGACCAUCCUUCGAGGAAAGGAAGGCUACGGAUUCACCAUCUGCUCCGACUCCCCUGUGAGAGUGCAGGCUGUGGAUCCAGGUGGGCCAGCGGACCAGGCAGGACUGCAGCAGCUGGACACUGUCCUGCAGCUAAACGGCCAGCCUGUGGAGCAGUGGAAGUGUGUGGACCUCGCCCACGCCAUCAGAAACAGUCAUAAUGAGAUCACGGUGGUGGUGUGGCGCACUGGUCCGGCUGCCAAGCCCCAUUUCGAAGGGUUGAUCCACAGGCCCUCUUACAAAACUGCCCAAUACGACGCACCCUCGCCCCCCGCCCGGAGGCAGGACAACACCCCCCCAGUGCCGCCCCUCCCUGCCCAGCACCGGCAGGGCCGGCGAGGCCUGCUGAACGGGUGUGAGGGGGGCGGGUACGGGGGCAGGGCCUGGGGCGAGCGGCGGGACGAGACUGACGCCAAGGCACAGACGCAGACGCUCAAGGGCACCCGCGUGACCUCACCGGCCGGCGACAAGAACUACAUCAUCCUGGCCCCCAUCAACCCAGGAAGCCAGAUCCUGAGGCCUGUAUAUCAGGACAACCAUGCUACACUUGGGAGGAUGUACCACACUCGCACGACCAGCAGUGUCCAGCAGGGCGGCGGCAGUGGCGGUGGCGGCGGGGGGCUCCAAGGCAGGACUUCCUUCCUGAGACGGUCCCACAACAGCAAGACAUCCAAAGCGGCGCCCCCUACGGGCCACCCACAGAACCUCAACUACGCCAACUACCAGAACUGCACCAUCGUCCGGUCCCACUCCCCCCACGCCAACUACGGCACCUACGUCAAGCUGGCGCCUAAAAUCCUCAUCUUCCCCAUCUUCGUUCAGCCUCUGGACCUGUGCAGCCCCACCCGCUCCCUCGUGGUGUCCGAGGAGAUCGUCCUGCACGAGAGCAAGCACCUGUCCGUCAAGGUGACGGUGUUCGUCUACACGGACCUGAUGCUGGUGACCCGUGAGGACGAGCCGGGCCGGUGCAACGUCCUGCAGAACCCGCUCUUCCUCCAGCACCUCCGGCUGCAGGAUGAUCCCACGGACGCACUGAGGUUCUACGUCAUCCACAUGACAGAGAAGUGUGACUGCUUGUUGAGCCUGGAGGCGUACUCUCUGGAGCAGAAGAGGAGGCUGUUCCAGUGUCUGCGGGAGAACAUCGAGAAGCAGCUCCACCUGCAGCUCCAGCGCAGAGAAGGCCCCGCCCGCGGCGACCAGAUGCUGGAGCCUAAAGCUGACGAGCAGUGUGACCCAGGGGUGCACCACAGUACGACGGGGGAGGACCGCCCCCCCUGCAGCCCCUCUGAGCCCCCCCUGAUGGACAGCCCCCCACCCGAAGCCCUCACCCCCAUGGAGGAGGAGCUCAAGACCCCGCCCACCCCACCGCCCUCCACCGAGGGUGAGGACUGCAGGAGCGUGGAGGGGGGGCCCGACUCCUGGAAGGAGAAAGAGGAAGAGGAAGAGGAGGAGGAGAAGGAGGCGAAGGAGGAGGGCGAGGAAGAGGAACCGGAGGAGGAUGAGGAGGAGGAAGAGAGGCGGCAGACGGACGAGGACAAUGGCUCGGAGGCGGCGGAGGACGCCGGGGCCCCGCCCUCCUCCUCCUCCUCGUCCUUCGUCAUCCCCGAGCUCCGCCUGGACCGCUCCUUCAGCGCCGACGCCCUCUCCUCCGCGCCCACCGACGAAGACUACGAGGAAGACGACGAGGACGACGACGAAGACGAGGACGACGACGAGGAGGAAGACGAGGACGAGGAAGAGGAGGACAGCGACGACAACUACCUGGAGCGGAGCGGCAGCCAGCGGCGCGGCACGGCGGGGAUGGCGGGGGCGGCGGCGGCGGCGGCGUGCGAGCGGCACGGGGGCGGGCUGCGGGUGCAGAACUCGCUGCGGCGGCGCACGCACAGCGAGGGCAGCCUGCUGCAGGAGCCCCGCCCGCCCUGCUUCGCCUCGGACAACGCCAUCGACCGGCUGGACGCCGGCGCCGCCCCCAAGACCGGCUGGUCCCUGCCCUCGCCCCGCACCCUCAAGAAGGAGCUGACCAAGAACGGAGGCUCCAUGCACCAGCUCUGCAUGCUGCUCUCCGGCAGGAAGCUCAGCGGCGGCUCCGAGUGCAGCUGUGACCUCAGGCCCAGCGGAUCCAAGAAGAAGAGGAAGCCGAAGAACCUGGCCAAGGACAUGAAGAAUCGCCUGGCGUUCCUCAGGAGGAAGAGUGAGUCUCCUGGAAGCUCACCGGCUGGCAGGCUGGACAAGGUCAUGAAAUCCAUCAAGCCCGCCCCAGAAGACGCGCUCAAAUGGGGGGAGUCAUUGGAUAAGCUGCUGGUGCACAAAUAUGGCCUGGCUGCGUUUCGGGCGUUCCUGCGCACUGAGUUCAGCGAGGAGAACCUGGAGUUCUGGCUGGCGUGCGAGGAGUACAAGAAGAUCAAGUCCCAGUCCAAGAUGGCGUCCAAAGCCAAGAAAAUAUUCGGCGAGUACAUCGCCAUCCAGUCCUGCAAAGAGGUGAACCUGGACUCCUACACCCGGGAGCACACCAAGGACAACCUGCAGGACAUCACGCGGUCCAGCUUCGACCUGGCCCAGAAGCGCAUUUACGGACUCAUGGAGAAGGACUCCUACCCCCGCUUCCUCCGCUCGGAGCUCUACAUGGACUUAGUCAACCAGAAGAAGGCCAGCUCCACGUCCACGUCGUCGACGUCGUCGUAAAACGAAAAAAAAAACAAAAAGACUGAAAGGACAGAUACGGACUCGAGAAGCCGGAGGGCCUCGGCUAGCGCUCUGUCGCCCGCUCGUUUUUCGUUUCGUUUCGUUUGUUUUUUUUUGUUCGAUCCAUCCCGUCGACAUCCCGGUUUUGAAAUGGAAGGUUGGCGGACGCACUGAAGAAAGCGGGGACAGGGUGCUGUUUACACGGAGAGGGCGGGGGGUUGUCCCGGAGGAGCCCCGGCGUUUCGGGGCUCCCUCGUCCGGACGGCGCGCGGGAGCGCUAGCCCGCCGCUAUUCGCUAUUAGCUAUGUUAAUAUUAUUGCUAUUGUUCUUAUUUAAGUUUCUUUCCGGACGUACUGGAGAAUGGAGGAGGAGGUCCCCCGGCCCCUAAAAGACGUGAACAGUCCGGUACUGUUUUUUUUUCGGAUGGCCCCCACCUCCUCCUCCUUUGGGACCUGUUCAAACACUGGUACAACAGCGAUCCCGUUUUUACAUCCCCCACGCCCCCGUGCCUGUGGCACUGUUUCUUUGCUGCUUGCAGCAGGGAAGGUUAAGGGGGGGGAUGUCUGCUUGAUUAACUCAGCAGAAGUAGUUUUUUUUAUUUCUUUCUUUUUCUUUUUUUGGCCACCGAUACACGCACGCCCAUAUCCCAGCAUGCACUUCCUCUACCCGUCGCUCCUUUGCCCGAAGAAUGAGAAGGAAAAAAAGAAACAGCUGAGACGUCGCAGAGAGGCGGGAAUGUUAAAAAAAAAAAGACAUUCGGAACCCAAACUGCGGAAAGGCGCGAACGCACUGCCUGCGCCCCUCCUGCCUCCUGGUUCUGACCCGUCCGGAGGCGACCCGCUGGCCGUCUCCGAAAGUCGUGUUCUGUAGAGCAGUUCAUCGUAGCCACGCCAGGACUGGGCCAGACUGUCUCCUCGGGACAUUAAACACACCCAUGAAGCUUGCUCUUUUUUUGUGUUACACAACUUUUUUUUAUUUUAUAUUAUGAUAAUUUUUUCUACAUUUGAAAUGUUGUGUUUAUUUGUUGUUCUCUUUCGAAACCUGCACUCUGUCGUAGCCGGGUAAAUCCCAGUUGUCAGGGGGAGGGAGGGUGGGGGUUGCCCUCUUCUUUUGAAAUGAGAGAGACUGCUUUACUUGUACAAAAAAGGUUUCCACAAUAUUUAUUUUCACACUUCUGAAGGCUUCUCUCAUUGGCUGAAAGCUCUUCUCUCCCCAGCCAACCACAAAUCGGGGCCAGCGGGGCCCUGGCUUCAAGUGCAAUAUUUUGUUUUUCCCCCCGUGGAUAAAUUUUUUUUUUUCUUUUACAUUUUAUUUUUUUUGAGCUAGACAAUGGAUUAAGCUGUGUAUUAACGUUAUUCGUUAGAGUUUCGAAUUCUGCUUGUGUGUCAACUCGACGGCGAAAAAGAAAGAAAAGGUUUAAAAGUUUGUUCAUUCUAACGUUGUGAGCCACCGGCAGCUGGCAGUCGGGGGUUUCAAGGUUGUAAAUAUAAUUCUUAAGAAAACAAUGGAAAAUAAAUAAAAAUAAAUAAAUACAAAAACACAAAUGAGAUUUCAUAAUUGUAACAUAAAUAUUGGGUUGUAACUAUGUAAAUAUCUGGAGAGCUGGAGCUAAGAGACGGGGUGGGCGUGGCCCUCCUCGUCCGGGUCACGCUCUGCUUGUGCGUUGUCGUGGGAACUUAUCAUUUCCACUGUUUACAAUUCAGAGCAUCUCCUGAGGUAGUGAGGGGAAAAAAAGAGAUUUGGUGUCAUUGCUACAGGUAAAUAAAACAACCAACCGAUAAAUGAUAA